AGACUCUGGAGGCUUCACAGGGCAGCAGCUAUGAUCAGAUGAUUGGGUGGAUGACCACGACCACGGAGAGGAUUCAGUAGAAGAAGACACACUGCUGCACCUGUGUUCUGCAGGAGCAUCUCUUCCAACUCUGAGAUUGAAGAAAAAAUAAACAGAGGCGUCCUGAGAGAGUCAGAUUCCUUCCAUCACAGCUUCAUCCCCUUUUCAGAAGCGGACUGUUCGUCCAUCCACCAUGGACCGCUCCACUCAGGAACUCUUCCUCAACUUCAUGAUCGUCUUAAUCACCGUGCUGCUGAUGUGGCUGCUGGUGAAAACUUACCAGGACUGAAGUCCAAAGAGAUGGGCGGGGUGCAAAACAAUGACAAGAGGCUGCAAGAGGGGCACUUUUGUCCCGGGAUAGUGUAUUUUCUUGUAGGUUCACUGGCCUCAUCCUGGGCUCCAGUGUUCAUAUGAGCUCAAGUAUCAUGUGAUUAAUGCCAGGGCUCUCUCUGACAACAUCCACAAAACUACAUGCUUUAUGCAGGUGUCAAAGGUAACAGAAGAUGGGAGAAAAGAUGCAAAUACAGAGAAUUAUCAAUGGAAUGAAGCUGGUCGGCACUGAGCUGUCACAAUAAAAUGCUGCUGUGUCUA